AGAUUAAGCCCCACCAGACAAUAUAAUAUAGAAUGAGCUACGCACAACGGCACAAGUGUUGCCUUCACAAAAAAACGCGUCCGAAGAGACGAUGGAGAGAGACCAAGUGCGACCACUAGCUCCGGCGUCGGAGCGGCUGAGCAGCGACGAUUUAGAAACAGUUUCGAAUACCCAAAAGAAGGAAUUCCGGCGGAAGCGAUGCCUGAAGUGCGGCGCCUGCCUGGCCGCCCUCCUCCUCAUUCUAGCCACCCUCAUCGUCGUUCUCAUCUUCACCAUUUUUCGAGUCAAGGAGCCCAUCAUCCGCCUGAACGCCAUGACCGUGCAGAAUCUCGAGCUAGCAAACGGGGCGCCGAAGCCGGGCAGCAACGUGACCCUAACCGCCGACGUCUCCGUGAAGAACCCAAACCUGGCGUCUUUCCGGUACAGCAACACCAGCAGCAGCCUGUCGUACCGCGGCACGGUGGUGGGCGAGGCGAGGGCUCCGCCCGGGAAGACGAAGGGGAGGCGAACGUCGAGGAUGAACAUAACGGUGGAUAUCGUAACGGACCGGAUCCUUUCCCAGCCUAGCUUGAUCGGGGAUAUCAGCACUGGAUUACUGACAAUGGAUAGCUAUACCAGAGUGGGUGGGAGGAUGAAAUUCUUAAAGGUCAUAAGCAGAUAUGUGGUGGUGAAGAUGAACUGCACUGUUACUGUGAACAUCACUACCAGGAGCAUUCAAACUCAAAAGUGCAAGCGGAAAGUUAAGCUCUAGAUUGACUAUCAUUCAAGGAGAGAAUUAGUUACUAUGUUUAAUGGUGAAAAUUUUGGAUUAUACCCAAAAAAA